AUGUCCUCGCCCCUAUCCGUCCCUGUUUCCAUGCUGUCCUCCAAGCGUUCGAGGUCAAGAGACAGCGCCAAGUCCUCCGCCGGACUGUCAGCCGCAUCCACCAUGUCUCUCGAUCCCUCGGAUACGGAGUCUCCUCGGAAACAGCAAGAGAUGGACACUGAGGGGGAGCAGCCGCCGUUACCAGCUUUCCUACGGCAGACGAGAUCAGGCAGCAAGUUCGUGAACCUUGAGUGGCAGCAGCGAAACCGGCUAGCAUUAGGCGCCAACCUCGACGCAGACCCGCCAUCGCAAUGGGCACGCGUAGCAGGUGACGAUGUGAUCAAGCGUAACCGCUACAUGAACGUCGACCCCUAUCUCAGCAACCGCAUCAAGCUGAAGGUGCCGGAGGGCCAUAGCGACUACAUCAACGCGUCGCCCAUCUUCCUGCGCCAGACGCGGUCAGGGACGGAAAAGAACUUCAUAGCGACACAGGGUCCCAAGGAAGGCUUACACGGCCACAUCUACCGCAUGCUGUGGCACGAAACGUCCUCUCCUGCCGUGAUAGUAAUGCUGACCCAGACCCACGAGGCCGGGAAAGAAAAGUGCUUCCAGUACUUUCCUCACUCGCUGGACGCCCCUACUCUCAAUAUCAACGAGAACGACGAGUUCGAGGACGGCUUCAUUUGCACAGUAACCCUAGUCAACAUUACCGAAGACGCUGCAACGAGAAGUACGAUCCGCGAGCUAGAAGUCAAGCUCACAACCGGCGAGACCAAGACAAUAUGGCACCUCCUCUUCGCAGGCUGGCCCGACUUCCUCGUGCCAGAAGGCGAAGAGCGCACCGCACUGCUCCACCUCAUCGACCUUUCGUCCGCGAAAAACGCGCUAGGAUCGCCGAGAGUGGUGCAUUGCAGCGCCGGCGUCGGGCGCUCCGGCACCUUUAUCGCGCUGGACUGGCUGCUGGCGGAGCUGAGCGAGGGAAGCUUGGACGAGGUCCCGGAUGAGGACGAUCCGAUUGCGGACGUUGUUGACAAGCUGCGUAUGCAGAGGAUGAUGAUGGUUCAGGGCGAGGCGCAGUUUUGGUUUUUGUACGAUGUUGUCAAAGAUCUCUGGGUCGAGCGGUGGAGGCAGAAGAACGACUUGUCUGCGCCGGCGCCAGUGGACAGCCGAGCGGGUGAAGGUGAAGCGUCUGGCAGUGGAGGGGAGAGGGAGAGGGGAACGAAGUUUGCAAAGCUGGAGGCUUUGGAGGCAGAAAUGAGGAUGAAUGUCGAGAGGUUAUAG